AUGUCCGGGCUAAGAACAGUGUCUUCUUCGUCUGUCAAUGGGAAGAGUUAUGACUCCAUUAUGAAGAUCUUACUAGUGGGCGAUUCAGGCGUCGGGAAGUCAUGUCUCCUCGUAAGAUUCGUGGAGGACAAGUUCAGUCCAUCUUUUAUCACUACAAUUGGUAUUGAUUUCAAGAUCAAGACUGUGGAUAUCAACGGCAAGAAAGUUAAGCUACAACUUUGGGACACAGCUGGUCAAGAGCGUUUCCGGACCAUCACCACCGCAUACUAUCGUGGAGCGAUGGGUAUUAUUUUGGUGUAUGAUGUUACAGAUGAGAGAACAUUCGCAAACGUCAAACAAUGGUUCAGCACGGUCAACCAGCAUGCGAACGACGAAGCUCAGCUGUUGCUAGUAGGAAAUAAGAGCGACAUGGAUACCAGAGCUGUGACCACCGAACAAGGUGAAGCCCUUGCCAAAGAGUUAGGAAUACCCUUUGUGGAAGCCAGUGCCAAGGAUGACACUAACGUUAAUGAGAUUUUUUUCCAAUUAGCUAAGCUCAUCCAGGAAAAGAUUGAUAACGACAAACUAGUUGGCAAUUCCUCCAAAGAUGGCAAUGUCAAUAUUAACUCUAGCGGGAGUGGCACCCAAUCUGGGUGCUGUUAG